UCCACGCGGCGGCGGCUGCUGCUGCUGCGCAUCUCUGAGCGGAGCUCUGUCGAAGGAGCAGGAGACACACUGGUGCACGCGAGGAGCUCCUUUUUAACGUGCACACGGUUAAAUGAAGAGUGUUUGCGACGACGACAGGAUCAAUCCUCGUCCGGUUACAAGUAGCUGCUUCAAGCUGCGGUAGUUUAAAGCGACUUGUUUGGGGAGUUUGGUGUGAUUUCGGUACACUUUCCACACUGCAGACGUUACCCGAAAAAAACCCAAAUUGAUGCUGUUGGAUUAGUUUCUACAAACUGGCGACUGCAGGGUAAAAUUAACCCUUAAAAGACCCCCUUGUACUUCGGACCUGGUUGUGUAGAGACUCACGUAGGCAUAGCGCGUUUCAGAGUGAGGAAGGAUUUAGUGAAUUUGUGGAACUCCGUUGCCUCGUUUCUCUGGACAAAUCAUUUCAAUGAAAUAACUGACUUGCAGCAUCGCACUCCAGACCGAAGCCCGACGACCUACUACGCCUUCCUCUGCGUUGCCAUCACACGUCGUACAAAGGACUAUGUUGAUGAAGGAGUACCGCAUCUGCAUGCCCCUCACAGUGGAGGAGUACCGGAUUGGCCAGCUGUAUAUGAUCAGUAAACACAGUCAUGAACAAAGUGAGCGUGGGGAGGGGGUGGAGGUGGUCCAGAACGAGCCGUACGAGGACCCAGAGCACGGAUCGGGCCAGUUCACCGAGAAACGAAUCUACCUCAACAACAAGCUGCCCAGCUGGGCCAGAGCAGUGGUCCCUAAAAUCUUCUAUGUCACAGAGAAGGCUUGGAACUAUUACCCCUACACUGUCACAGAGUACACGUGCUCCUUCCUGCCCAAGUUUUCCAUCCACAUAGAGACCAAAUACGAGGACAACAAAGGGAGCAAUGAUAAUAUCUUCUGCAGCGAGCCCAAAGAAGAGGAAACAGAGGUGUGUUUCGUGGACAUCUGCUAUGAUGAGAUCCCCGAGCGCCACUACAAGGAGUCAGAGGAUCUGCAUUAUUUUAAGUCGAAGAAGACUAACCGAGGCCUCCUGGAGGAAGGAUGGAUCAACAACCAAGAGCCCAUCAUGUGCUCCUACAAGCUGGUCUCAGUCAAGUUUGAAGUGUGGGGCCUGCAAACACGUGUGGAGCAGUUUGUACACAAGGUGAUUCGAGAUGUCCUGCUUUUAGGACACAGGCAGGCCUUUGCCUGGGUGGAUGAGUGGAUCGACAUGACCAUGGAGGAGGUCAGAGAGUACGAGCGUGCCACACAAGAAGCCACCAACCUGAAGAUCGGCACCUUCCCCCCCGCCAUCUCCAUCUCAGAGACCCCCCUGUCAUCCAGCGCCCGCAGCGGCCCCAGCAGCGCCCCGACCACUCCCCUCUCCACAGAAGCCCCCGAGUUCCUGUCGGUGCCGAAGGAGCGCCCCAGGAAGAAGUCCGCUCCGGAGACCUUGACCCUGCCGGAUCCGGGCCGGAGGGAUUCCCUCUUCAAACUGCCCAACUUUUUCUCCUGGAACUCCAGUCCGCAGCCAGAGUGAGAGCAGGGCUGCGCCACUGGUGAACGCCUUUGACCUGUGGAUCAGUGGAGGAUGCCUGCCCAGCACAUCCCUCAAUGCCCCCCCUCAAGCCAGCUGAAGUGAAGGAGACUUUUCACUGUCCUGGUGAUCCAAGCCCCCUCGGCACACUCGCCGGUGUUACAGCAAAAGCCAACAGGUUCAGACAGGCAGCCUGAUCUCCAUAGCAAACAGUCCUGUGAGGUGUAAAGGUAUAGUGCGUCCUAUAGUGCGAACAAAAGCAGCUGGAGGCUCCUCAUUCUUCUUUUAGUUUACAUUCCUGAAAAUGUUUUUCUCCCACAGAUUAUCACCUUGCUUUUUUGUGUCUUGACAGGGUAUUUGGAGGUUCAGUCACUGCACAUAAUCGUUACAUGUACAGAAUUUGUUUUUUCUGCGUUAGGCAUCGGAGUCUCUGGCUUUGUUAACUGGACCUUGUGGUUUGACGUAUCUAUUUAUGUGGUUGAGACUUUACGACAGAUCCUCGUUGGCCACUGUAUCAGUUGAGUGUUAUGGUUUUCACAGUCGGGUGUAAGGUGAUUGUGUAUUCUUGUAUAUAUUGUAUGAUCUAUAUCUAACCGGUAAAUUGUCAGUACUUCAAAAAGAAUAUCAUAUCAAGUGACGAUGCUGCUAUGAAAUUGUAUUCAGGACUCUAUCUUCUUUAAGUGUUUAUUAUAGUGAGUUCUGUCAGCUACGACGUCUGUAAAUGACUUAUAUGUAAUUGCAUGAUUUUAGCUGCAGACACUGAAUAUUAAAUGUUCUGUUUUUAUUAGCUUGGUCUCACACUUGAUGUUGUGUUUUAACUGAGUUUUUACAGACCAGUCAUGUGGUUUGCAUGUUGUUUUGCAUCUUUAUUCAUUUUAAAAUGUAUUAACUUUUUGUCAUACUGUUGAUGGGUUUUGUAUUCAGUAAAUUUAAUUAAAAUUCAAUCCUGAUGUAUCC